ACAACCCAGCAUUUUUGAUCCCCACUGGCACCCGUACCUCUAGAAAGGUAGCAAGAUGGCUGCGGAGCCGAACAAGACAGAAAUUCUGACCAUUUUUAAAAGACUACGGUCUAUUCCAACUAACAAGGCGUGCUUUGACUGUGCUGCCAAGAACCCCAGCUGGGCCAGUAUACCAUAUGGAGUGUUUCUGUGCAUCGACUGCUCUGGCAUUCAUCGCUCUCUAGGAGUGCACCUCAGCUUUAUCAGAUCCACUGAGCUCGACUCCAACUGGAACUGGUUUCAGCUGAGAUGUAUGCAGGUCGGAGGCAACGCCAACGCGACGGCCUUCUUCCGCCAGCAUGGCUGCUCCACCAACGACACUACCGCCAAGUAUAACAGCCGCGCGGCACAGAUGUACCGAGAGAAGAUCCGACAGCAAGCCAACGCGGCGCUGUCCAAAUAUGGGUCUGAGCUGUGGAUCGACCAAUCCAGUGUGAGCAGCCAGCCUGCCGCCCCAGAGAAGAGACAGGCAGACUUCUUUACUGAGCAUACUCAGCCUUCAAACAGCUGGGACGUGACGGCUCCUUCCCUGACAGAACACAAUGGAACCCUCACUCCUCAACUAUUGGAGGACACACCCAAAGCCCCCCACACCGCCAGCACUCAGCUGGAGGAAGGACCAAGCAUUGAGGGACUGAGCACUGAGCAAUCUCCCAAAGUCACUAUGGAGGACUCCAUGCGUUUGUCGUCAGAUCAACCACAGCUACCCAAAGAUGUGAAGCAAUCCAUCAUUGGGAAAAAGAAGCCCAGCACUACUAAGAAAGGGCUGGGUGCUAAGAAGGGCCUGGGGGCCCAGAAGGUGAGCAGUAAGAGCUUCUCGGAGGUGGAGAAACAGGCCCAGGUAGCCGAGAAGCAGAGAGAGGAGCAAGCAGCUGAUGCUAAGAAACAGGCAGAGGAGUCCAUUGUGGCCUCCAUGCGCCUGGCCUACAAGGAGCUGGAGAUUGACAGGAAGAUGGACAACAAGAAGAUGCAGAACAUGGAGGGUAAGAAGAGAGAGCAGGCUGAGAGACUGGGCAUGGGCUUCGGCAACCGCAGCACCAUAUCUCACUCCGUGAUGUCAGAGAUGCAGGUGAUUGAGCAGGAGACGCCCUUGGGGGCCAAGUCCUCGCCUCGCUCCAAACUGGACAUGUUGGAUGAACCGGGCUUCUCCUCUGGACCCCCUAAGUACAAGGACAACCCGUUCACGGCGGGCGACGGCUUCGGGUCGCGGUGGGACUCUGAUGGGGGAGUGGCCUCCUUCACCUCCUCCUGGGCCCUGGAGAAUGAGGAGCCUAAAGAGGAGGUGACAAUCUCCAGCAUCCAGCCUAUCGGAGAACGGCCCAGUCGGCGGAAGGCGGAGACGGCGGCGCCCCUGUCCGAGUCGAGCGAGGCCCGGCAGAAGUUUGCCAACGCCAAGGCCAUCUCUUCCGACAUGUUCUUUGGCCGCGAGAGCUAUGCCGAGUAUGAGGCCAAGACACGUCUGGAGGGCCUGUCUGGCAACACAUCCAUCAGCUCUGCUGACCUGUUUGGGGACGGGAGUGACCGUGACACAGGGGCAGCAGGUUAUGAGAGUGUGCUGCCGACGGGGCCAGACAUUGCUCAGUUCAAACAGGGGGUGAAGACUGUGGCGGGCAAGAUGGCCGUGCUGGCCAACGGCGUCAUGAACACCAUACAGGAUCGCUAUGGCGCUUACUGAAGAGACCAGGACGACCAACACCCAGCUGCAGGGGGAGAGGGAGCCAUGACGUCAUACUGACAGAGAGUGGAGGGGAGGGGGGGGGGACAGAGCACAUCACUACUGACUGGUAUCUGUAGUGAGAGAAGGGAAGAGAGAUUGCAUGAAUGGAGGGAGACCCUACACCGUUUCUGUCCAUCCACCUUUUAGAGUGAGACAAAGUUUUAUUUUCAGUGAAGAAAGCUCUGGAAGGUGUCAAAUUUGUUUUCUUCUGUUCUAACUAGUCUUGUUUUCUAUACUGUUUUGGUCUCUGAUUUCAAACAAAAUAUUAAUGAUAUAAAGUAUUCUCUAAGAAUGAUAUGAUAACCAAUCCUCUCUGUUUGAACUAUGCUUUUUGACAUGGUUUUUACUGUGUGUUUUCAACCGUCUCUCGCUGUUUUAACAGACGGAGCCGUUUAACCAUUCAGCAUUAACAUCAUCAAAGGGAAGCAGUUGUCCAGUACGGUUGAUUAUCUCUUUUCAUUUGAGUUACCAUGACAACGGAUGACAUUCUCUGGUCUGAAUGGAGUCGGGUUAAUCACACAGUUCCAUUGUAAGAAUGUUUUAACUGAACUCCACACAGCAUGACUCAAAACACAACACCUCCACUCGCUGACUGAGUGACGCAAUCUACCAAGGUCAGGAGAUGGACGGGGAACGGAUAUUUUAGAAACGUAAUGACCUAGCCCAUCUUGCAGUGCAAUAUGAGUUCUUCACCAGGGUCUGAAAGGUUUUCAGUCGGGUCAGAAGAAAGGUUGGCUUUCAGCCUUUUUCAAUGGAAAGAGUUCGGUGUGUUUCUUAGGAAUGAUCGGGUGCUUUGACUGAAUGGUCGAUGCUGGUAAGAAUGUGGCUGGUGGUCUCCUUCAGUCCAUACUUGACCAGUCACUGGGUUUACAGAAUCACACCACAUAAACUUUGGGAAGCCAUAGUAACCUCUAAUGUUGAGAAACACACUUGUAUAGAAUACAUGAAGACCUGGAUCUGAGAUCACACGGUCUUUUGUUUCUACCCUAAGAUAAGUUACUUAGACAUGGGAGGGAAUGCAACUCAGCUGUGUUUCUGCAUAAUGCUCUUUUCUAUUGAGUUUCUGUUCUAAAUGGGAGUUUGAUCCCUCAUUCUGUUCUAAAUGGGAGUUUGAUCCCUCAUUCUGUUCUAAAUGGGAGUUUGAUCCCUCAUUCUGUUCUAAAUGGGAGUUUGAUCCCUCAUUCUGUUCUAAAUGGGAGUUUGAUCCCUCAUUCUGUUCUAAAUGGGAGUUUGAUCCCUCAUUCUGUUCUAAAUGGGAGUUUGAUCCCUCAUUCUGUUCUAAAUGGGAGUUUGAUCCCUCAUUCUGUUCUAAAUGGGAGUUUGAACCCUCAUUCUGUUCUAAAUGGGAGUUUGAUCCCUCAUUCUGUACUAAAUGGGAGUUUGAUCCCUCAUUCUGUUCUAAAUGGGAGUUUGAUCCCUCAUUCUGUACCGUCUUGUUGAAUGGCAGAAGCAAUGACUAAUGGAAGACGUGCUCAUCAGAUUGUUGUAAAACCUGUGACUGGACAGAGCCUGGCUGUCACUCGGUCCCUCGUCGUUUGAUGUUUAUUUCUGGUGACCUGCCUAUGAAAAUGAGAGACAGUGUAAGAGGAGCCUACCACCGUUGGUCAAAUGAGGUGUAACGUUAAGAAAAGGGCUACCUCAGUACUAUUUGAGACGGUCCGGUCACGAAUGUCUUAUGUGGCAAAGAAAAUAUAUGAAUGGAUGUCACAGGUAGAAAUGCUAUAUAAUACACAUAGAGGUGACGUGAUUACCUCUUGUUCCUGACUGGUGUAUGUUCUACACAAUACAUUUCUAUCUGAUAUCUCAUCACGAACAGACAGGGUGUCUGGGAUCACAGAGCCUGGAAGGUGGAAUUGCAUUAUAACAAUGGUUGGUGUUCCAGGUUGUCUCUUUUGCAGUUGCACUGUGUAUCUCAGAAGAUUGAUAUAUAUAGAUUGACAAUUGUUCUGCAACUACAAAAAAAGAUGACCUUGAAUGUCACCAUUGGCAGUAGUAGCGGGAGUUGAUCUAGCACCUUCCAUAGCUCUAGAUAUGCACUUGGUUCAAAGUCAUUUAACACAAUUGUCUGUUUUGUAUGGAGGUCCCUUUCCAUUUCAUGGUUUCUGUCUAUUUUAUUGGUGCUUUGCUGAGAUGAGGCUCUCAUUCCCGGGCUGCAUCGCAGCAGUAAUGGACUGGAAAAGGUUACUCCCUCGUGGACAGUCCCCUUAGUUGUAUAUACACCACAGGAGGUUGGUGGCACCUUAAUCGGGGAGGACAGGCUUGUGGUAAUAGACUGGAGGGCAUGAAACACAUGUUUUCCAGGUGGUUGAUGCCAUUCCAUUCGCUCUGACCAUUAUGAGCCGUCCUCUCAGCAGCCUCCACUGAUGGACAUGUUAGAUGGUUGUUUAUUGACGGGGAAAGGAUUCUCAAAAGGCACCUCCUGUUUCUCUAACAGCCGUGUGUUAGUUGGGGUCAGUGUUUUACGCUACACAGCUGAUUUAAAAAUAUUCAAAGCUUGACGAGUGUUUUAUUUUUUUAAAUCAGCUGUGUAGUGCAAGGGCAGGACUGAGUUUGGGUUUGAGUGUGUUCACCCAUGGCUGUAACCAUGGGGAUGGGUUUGAGUGUGUUCACCCAUGGCUGUAAACAUGGGGAUGGGUUUGAGUGUGUUCACCCAUGGCUGUAACCAUGGGGAUGGGUUUGAGUGUGUUCACCCAUGACUGUCACCAUGGGGAUGGGUUUGAGUGUGUUCACCCAUGGCUGUCACCAUGGGGAUGGGUUUGAGUGUGUUCACCCAUGACUGUCACCAUGGGGAUGGGUUUGAGUGUGUUCACCCAUGACUGUCACCAUGGGGAUGGGUUUGAGUGUGUUCACCCAUGACUGUCACCAUGGGGAUGGGUUUGAGUGUGUUCACCCAUGACUGUCACCAUGGGGAUGGGUUUGAGUGUGUUCACCCAUGACUGUCACCAUGGGGAUGGGUUUGAGUGUGUUCACCCAUGACUGUCACCAUGGGGAUGGGUUUGAGUGUGUUCACCCAUGACUGUCACCAUGGGGAUGGGUUUGAGUGUGUUCACCCAUGACUGUCACCAUGGGGAUGGGUUUGAGUGUGUUCACCCAUGACUGUCACCAUGGGGAUGGGUUUGAGUGUGUGCCAUCAUGUGGCCUGGUCUGUCCCCCUGGAUGUCCCACUAGUGAUGAAGAAUGGCUAUCCCAAUGACCCAUCAAAACAAGUUAUUUAUUGUAGGCUACAAAAAGAGUUAGAUUUGUGUCAAUAAAGAUUGAAAUCCAU